UGCAAUUGUUUUGUUUGUUUUUGCAUCUGUUUUCUUUUUCAUCAUCUUAAAGUUUAAUUCCGAAUUUAUAAAAAAAAUUGCCAAAACAAAAAAAUUCUUGAAGAAAAACUCAAACUAUUCACUGACAGCUAUAUUUAUUUAGCAUCUAUCAUAUUCAUUUCCUAUAUCUGAUCUGUAUAAAUUUAAACAACAAAAAAAACCGCCAAAAUGAAGAUGUCACGUAGCGAUAAAUAUAUUAUUACAUUUUCAUUGUUUUUCUGUUAUUUUGCAUAUGGUGUCAAUUUUUAUGUGGUUGGUCCAACAUUGAUUGAAUUGGCCGGCCUAUUUCAGACAAGCAUCGAACAAAUCUGUCUUAUCUAUACAGUACGUUCAGCCGGUUAUACAUGUGGAUCAUUAAGUGGUUUCUUAUUCAAAUACAUAAAUCGUCAAUUGAUUUUUGUAUUCUUUAUGGCAUUGAUGGGUGUUACUUUGGCAUUGAUGCCACAUGUAACCGGAUUAACAUGGCUAUUUGUAUUAGCCGGUAUCAAUGGCUUUUCUAUUGGUUCAUUUGAUACGGCCAUUAAUGUAUGGGUAUUAGAAAUUUGGGCUGAAGAAAGUGGACCUUUUAUGCAAGCAUUACAUUUUACAUAUGGAAUUGGUUCAUUUGUAGCUCCAUUAAUUUGUGAACCAUUUUUAUCUACUGAAUCAAUCCAUGGUGGUGGUGGUCAUGGUCCACCUGCUACUUCACCUUCAGUAUCUACAACACCGGGCAGUCUUAUUUCAACAGAAAUUUUAUCUACAAAAGAUUCAAUCAUAAAUGAUAGCCGUAAAUUGUUAUUGAAUUUAAACGAUACAAAAAUCCAUGAUCUAUUCAGUCAUAUUGAUUCUGUCGAUCCAAUAGAUUAUCUUAUCUAUAUUCCGUAUGCUAUUGCUGGAGCAAUCACUGUAUUUAGUGCUUUGGUCGUAUUAGGUCUUUAUUAUCAUAAAAAAUACGAACCACCAACUAAAGUUAGAAGAUCGCAAGAGAUAAAAACCGAUAAAUCAGAUGUUGCCAUGCUUGAAAAUGGUCUUGAGCCACCAUUUCCAUGCAAACGUAGUUUCACCGAUCGAAUGCCACCAUUUAUUACUAUUUGGUUAGUCGGUAUGGGCUCAUUGUUUUUAACGUUUUUUGUUGGCAUGGAACAAAUGCAUCUACAAUUUUUGCCAACAUUUGCUGUAAAUACUGAACUAGAUCUUAGUCCAUCAACGGCUGCAAUGAUGAGCUCUGCGGCGGCACUUGCAUUCACUGUUGGUCGUUGUGUUUCAAUUCCAUUGGCCAUCAAGCUCAAACCACAAACCAUUCUUUAUACAAAUCAUUUUCUUAUGUUGCUUGGUACAAUUUUAUUGGCGAUUUAUGCUAACAAUUCCGAAACAAUGCUAUGGGUGGGAAAUAUUAUUCUUGGUUGUGGUUUUUCAUCAGUUUAUGCAUCUAUCUAUGCAUUCUUAGAGCAAAAAAUUCGUGUGACUAAUCGAAUUGGUUCGUUAUUUGUAUUUGCUGGCGGUCUAACGGCAGCUGUAUCACCAUCAUUAGUGGGUCAAUAUAUUGAAGCAAAUCCAUUGAUAUUAGUAUGGUUCAAUUUAGCAUGUUGUCUUCUUUGUUUGACAAUAUUUGUUAUCAUACAUUUGACCGUAUAUCUUCAAGCGGCAAAAUCUGUAGCAAAAACAUUUGACGAUGGAAUUGUUGUUGCUGAUGAAGAAUUAAAAGAAAGACAGCUACAAUUGAUUGGCAGCACAGAAAUCGGAGGUAUUGUUGUUACAAGUAUCACUGAUCUUUCCGAAUCAGAUACGGAGGAUAAAUAUGUGGCACCAGCCUAAAAAAAUAAAAUAAAAUUUAUCAAUUAUUAUCAUUAU